CGAACCUAAAUGUUGACCAAGACAGGCGAUUACAGCAGCCCUACCGUAGUACAGUGCGAGACAUAAACUGAAUUAUAUUAUAAUCCAAAAACUUAAAAUUAUACACAAAAAAGCUUAAUCGUCUCUUGUAUAAUGUUCGGGGUACUUCGUCAGUUAAAUAUUCCAAAAGUGUCCGCUGGAAUUCUGCGGUGGAGUCUCUUCAUCGUCAGACUUAUGGGAGCAGCGGACUUCAGAUUAAAAACCUCUUCUGAUGACCAAGUGAUGGUGGAGGAUAGUUCUCUCAAGUGGAAGUGGACCUUUGGCCUUUUUCGCAUUGGAUGUCAAACUAUGUUUAUGACAAUGUACUUUCGAUGGGAUGUGCCAAACAUUGAAUUGACCGAACAUUUUCUACACUUCAUGCGGUUGCUCCUCCAAUUCGCCUGUUGCAUGUCCAUCCUGAGAUUGCAGAUAGCGCAAGGACACGAGGUCACAAAGCUGAUCAAUAAUUUACUACAACUUUUUCGACAAGUUCAAGACUUUUGCAAUGGCAAUCGCUAUGGAUUUGGAGGAAAAAAUGAGAUGGUAGUUUUGUUUUUUAUCAUAAUCAGCCUGAUACACGAGGAAGUCUUUAUCCUCACUUUGAUUAAGCCCCAUUGGAGCCCGCUUGAAAUAGCUGCCGUCUAUGCUGACACCUAUAUUUGCUUUGGCAUUAAAAUGCUCAUAUACUACGCCUUCAUUAUUCGCAUUCAAUAUGAUGUCGUUCUUUUGUGCUCGGACACUGUGAUUGAGAUGUUGAGCUUGUUUCUUUUGACUUGGUCGGUGCAAAGGGCAGUGGAGAAGUCUGGUGAAAUACGACUUAUAAUGCUGGACUACUCCAAUCUUAUCAAAACUCGGAAUUGGCACAAAACUUUGGAACUGUGUUACAUAGAACUGACUGUGAACGAGCUUCGGGUUCUCCCGCUGGGCCUUUUUCGUAUAUCAAAGGAACUCUUCAUGGAAUUCCUUUCGGCCAUGUUCUGCUACUUGACCUUUUUGAUACAAUCCAGAAUUCAGCUCCUAUAG